GUCUUAUUUAUACAAAAUUAAACAAUAACAAAAAACAUCUGAACAUAUUAGUAAUACAAUGAACUAGAAACAACUCAUUCAACUUUACUUUUAAAACAAGACAUGGCUAAUGAAGUAACAUUUGCACAGCUUCACCAGAAGUACUGUGACCUCAAGGAUUAUUCAAAAAAGCAAGGAGUAUCGCAGCAACUGAAGUCGUACUGGGACAUCAGUUUAAUUAGAUUAAAUUGUGACAGUAUUAUAAAUGAUAUCGAAACGAAGAUGAAAACCGCUGAAUCAGAAUCUGAUGUUUGGCAUCGACUUCUGGCGAUGAAAGGUGUCAUACUCAAUUUUCAAGUUGACUUCCUCCUCCUGUUUGAAAAUUUUGGACUCGCUAUGGACAUAUUGAUAGAAAACUUUAAAAAUAUUCACCCUUAUUCAAAAAGCAAUUACGUCUCUUUUGUAUCUUUGCAAACAAUACAUAAAAUCGCUUCUAUAUGUAAAAUGAACGACGAUUUGUGUAGCGCACAAGAGAUUCUUGAAACAGCAGUUGAUAUUUAUGAAAGCUCAAUAGAUGAAGGCUAUUGCGAAAAUGAAGAGCUGUUUUCACCAGAUGAAACGGUUUGGCCACGGUUCAAUCUGGCUUGUCAAUUUGAUAACACUUACAUCUUCAUCUUGGAAAUGCUGAAAAUAAUCCACGAUUCAAAAAAGAAUUAUGUCGGCAGCGUUGUCUUACAGCAUCACAUAUUAAAAAUACAAUUAAAACGUGGCGAUGAAAGUUUGUUCAUUUGGCUACAGAAUUUAUUAAGAUUAUCAAAUAAAUUAACACAUUUGCAAUUUUAUAGAUGUGCAAGGCAUCAUUUGUCAGUAGCUUCUUACAAAUUGGAAUCACUAAAAAAGUCAUUUGGAGGAAAACAAGUAGAAAAUGGGAAACAUGUCGCAAAUCUCUUUGAUGGUUUAGAAGCCAAUCUUGCCUUGGUAUGGAUAAAAUACGCCCUCUCAAUGUUUGUCAGUUCAGAAAAAAAAUAUCUAGAAAUUUACUACAUCAAGAAAACUCAAAAAUCACACAGUGAAGGAAAAGGUGAUGAAUCCCAAAGGACAGAUAUGACAUUGGGUAAAACUGAUGAAAAGAUCGAGGCUCUCAAAUUCCAGUUGGAUGUGUCUAGCAUAGAAAAUUUAGUUACAUGUGAAAUAAUCAGAACAACAAAUCAGGCCAAAGAUUUGUUUGAAUUUGUUAUUGAGUGGUUUAAUAGGGCAAAGGAGUAUUAUGAAUUUAAUGAAUUUCCAUCUGAGCACAUUUCUUUGAUGAUGGAUUUUUCAGAGCUUCAUAAAUCCUUGGCAUUUUUUGAACCUAAAUCACCCGAGAGAUAUAUUUUGUUUCAAAAACGCCAGUCGAUAUUGAACAUAAUAAAAAAUCUAUCGGCUCAACUAGACCCGAUUGCUUUUGUCGACACCAACGUAGAAAUAAUGAAAGAACUCGCACAAGUUCAUCUCGACCUUCUUCAUUCUGAUUUGGAAAUGCUAAAAGAGAUAAAGACGUUUGCAAUGGACCAACUCAAGAAUAAUCCUACUAAAAGCCAACAGUUAGAGAAGCAUAUUGAUAGUAGCAUUGAUCUGUUUGAAAAUCAACUCAACGUUUUGGAAACAUAUGAUGCUGAAAGUAAACCAACAUUUCAAUUCUGACACAAAGUGCAAUAAAGAUAGAAUAUAUAUUGUGUAACCACUUGUAACAAAUGAAGUCAAAUGUCUAAUUAUAUAUUCUUAAAGAAA